AAUUAUUUGACCACCUGUUGACAAUCAAAUGUCUUUGGCUUCUGUUAAAAUAAAUGUUGCUGACAUUCUGUGCGAAUUUUUUGAGGUUAUACUGCACAAUGUCUUGUAUAUAAGGAAACUGUAUCCAGAGACAAUUUUUGUACCCAAAAAGAAGUAUGGGGUUGUCGUUUAUCAGUCGGUUCAUCCAGAUCUGAAUGAAUACAUCAAUCAGUGUUUAAGAGCUGUCGCCUUUCACGCCAAAAACAACAAAUUGAAAAGGCUGUUUGUAUGUUUUCAUGACGAUGUAAUUUUUGAAAAAUAUGUUUUCGAAGUGUUAGAAUUGACAAAUUUUGUAGAGAGUGAUCCUUUUUUGGUAGAUUUAGAACAGUCGUUAAGAGAUUUUAUGUUAAAAUUGCAUUCUUCACAAAACUAUUUGGAGGACUUAUCAGAUAAUGCUACGUUUAGUGUUAGGAUAGAGACUACUGCAUAUUCUAGCUUAGAGUUCAAUCAGAAUCCUGCAUUUGAAAACUUUCCCUGGAUUGAAUUAAGUGAAGAAAAUGGAAAUUAUGUUAGUUCUCCAGACAUUGUUCCAAUACACUCGGUAAAAACGUCAUUUUUGACAGUCCAGGUGUAUGUAGAAAAAGAAACCGAGUAAUUUUUUUAAUUAGU